AUGCCCGACCCCAAGGCCAUAGCCUUCAAAGAAAAGGGAAAUGCUUCAUUUAAAGCAGGAGAUUAUCCCAGUGCAAUUGGGCACUACACAUCCGCAAUCCUCGCUGACCGAACCGAUUUAACAUUUCCUCUGAAUCGUGCCGCCGCGUAUCUCAAGCUAGGCAAAUUUGAAGACACCGAACGAGAUUGCAAUACCGUAUUGACCCUUUCUGCCCCAAAAACCAAUGUCAAAGCUCUCUUUAGAAGAGGACAAGCUCGUGUCGGAAUGGGAAACUUGCUGGAGGCGCAGAAAGAUUUCUCUGAUGUUCUCUUGCAAGAACCCUCAAAUGCAUCUGCUGCAGAAGAGCUCAAAAAUCUUGCUGUUUUGAUUCAAAAAGAAAAGGCAAAGAAAUCGAAAUCUAAUGCCCCCGUGUCCGUCCCCACGUCUUCAACACCAGCAUCAAAUGGUACACCAGUGAAACGGCGCCGUGUACCCAUUCGCAUCGUGGGUGAUACCGCUGAUAUCAAACCUAGUGUAACAUCCGCGACCGCGACGCCAUCGACUUCUUCAAAAGUUGCUUCUACUUCAACCGCCACUACUACCCCCAUUUCUGACCCCACAACUUCCAAAAUCCCGCCAUCCGAGAGCAAGACUAUAAAGACUUCAUCCAAUGGAACAACUGAUACACUCCAAGCGGUGUCAUCACGUUCUCUAAAAUCACCACAACCACCAGCUCCAUCGACCACAUCAGCUACACCAGGAUCUCCGCCGCCAGCGCCUACAACCCAACCACAACCCCAACCCGUCAAACCUAAACCCGACUCGUUCAAAGACGCUAAACUCGCGCGCGACUCCAAGAACGCGACCUCGAACACCAAGCCACCGACAGCAAGAGUCGGAGGGGGUAUAUUCCGCGCGUCAGGCGAGAAUACAAUUUUCCCUACGCGCGGCAAUGCCCCGACGCCUAAUACAUCUAGUGCACCAAAGGAUGUGCAGAUGGAUACGACGCCUCCUCCUCCAGUGGCUACGCCUACGCCCGUAGCUCCCCCAGCGCCCAUGGUGGUAUCAUCCCCACCACCAAAACCUCCAUCUACAUUAUUUGAAUUCUCCAAAGCGUGGUAUGGGAUCAAGGAUCCUUGGGAACGAUGGGCAUUAAUGAACACCAUCCCCCCUUCCUCCCUCCCAGAACUCUGCAAAACAUCCCUCGAGCCCUCGCUUCUCGUGUCUAUCCUCGACGUCUUCCUCACCGUCCUCGGCACCUCUAACAACCUCCAUAAACAGACUAUCCAUGCGUACAUGGACAACAUGACGCGCAUCCCGCGAUUCAGCACCGUCGUGCUGUUCUUGAGCAAGCCGGAGAAGGAGGUCGCGAGAGAAGUUUGGAAAGCAUUGGGUGUCGAUCGGCCUGAGGGCGUGUGGAAAGGUGUUGUGUAG